AUGGAAAAGAAGUUGUCAGAAACUCUCGCUGGUCAUCUUGUGGAAAAUAGAAUGGGUCGAAUGGAUUACAGAAAGAUAAUUUGUUUGAAAAUUAAGGUUGAUCGUCCGUCGUUCCCGUGUCCAUGCAGCAGUGCAUCGUGCUCGAAUCCAGAGGGUCGCGUGGAAUUCAAUGCGGUUCGUGUGCGAGCACAUUAUCUGGAAACAAUGAUGCGCAUUCAGGUGCUUGAGAGCAAUUACAACUUCGAUGGGGUUAAUCAUUUGGCUUGUUUAUUUCGGAUAUUAUUGGAAUUUAAAGAUACAUUUGUGGAUGAUUUACUAUUAUAUAGUGCGUGCGAAGACGUUGAGUUGUUAUCGUUGAUUAUUUGA